AUGGUGGGCAUGCCCGACCAUCUCCACACCUCCGCCCCCUCGACCACGACCAAGACGACCACGACCACGACGACGGGGGCGCCGGCCGCCCAGGGCAGAGCAAAGGGCGUCGCCUUCACUGCCAAUGACGCCACCACCCAGCCAGGACGGGCGGCAUACCAACAACGGGCCCCCGCGGCCUCUAUAAGCUCAGAAGACUCGACCGACGAUGAUGUCCUGCACACGUUGCUCUCGGCCUCUUCCGUUGUCAACGCCGACGCCCUCUCGUCCUCGGCCCACUCGACGGCCAUGACCUCGGCCACCACCUACGACGACCGACCCAGUCCCGAGACGCCACCCACAGCCCUACCCUGUGCUCACCCUACCCUCUCGCUCCUCGAACUCGUCUCCAACACGGCAUCGUCUUCUGCCCUGCCCGACAGCUUUGACGUCAACGUCUCGCGCAAGGGCGGAUUCGUGGCCGUCUACUCUGCCUCGAAUCUGUUUCUGAUCAAGACUCUUGAGCUGCCACGCCUGUGGGCCCGGACGCUGCAAGUCAAACGCAAGCCCAUUGCCAUUGACAUUACCGAAGAUGGCUUCCUCCUCGCCGUCCUGUCGCGGCCCUCCCAAGUCGACCUCUACGAGAUACAUGGCGAGGGAACCGACCAGAUCAAGAAGAGGCGGACUGUCAUGCUGGUACACGAGGCUAGCUCCAUUGUCGUCUCCCCAGAUGCACGUAUACUCAUAACGGGGAACAAAUUCGGUAUCGAGGUCAUAGCUAUUGGUCCUGAAGUACCCGAAACUCUGCGACGUACGCUCUCGGGACCUGCAGGAGAUGCGCUGGAAUUCUCAGAUGACGGGAGGACUCUGCUCAUCACGGGAUACGCGAGAAAGUCGGAUGGAUCUGCCUUGUUUGUUCUGCCUGGCUUGUACGACGGGCCCCUCACCGAGGAGGGGGAGCCAAUACCACAACCACCCGAAGCCGCAUGGACGGGCUCGGUCCUGUUUCCAGAGACAGCGAGGAUAGCGCGGCAGGCUACACUUCUCCCAGACGCAGACACUGGCACAUUCAGCGAACUAUUUGCCUUUAACGCAGAAGAGGAUUCUUGGGGCAUCUACGACAUCGCCUGCCAGCGCUUCACACAAAGGAAAAUGUUUCUUCCCGACCACCAACGUUGGACUCGUUCAGAAUUCGUCGACGACGCUAUGCCUGCGGUAUCACCCAAUGCUGACCUCGCAGCUGUCGCUCUACGCAUCCAGGGCACGACCAACAUAUGGAUCUACCAAGUCCCUGGCUGGGAAUACCAACCAAAGGAAAAAUCGAAACAGGAAGCCCCGAUCCAGCCCUGCUUUUGUAUCCCGAUACCGAAUGGCGAUGCGGCGACGUUGCAAGAGAUUUGUGUGCUGAGAUGGGUCAGGCUGAACGCCAAUGUCCAACGACUUGUGGCUGUUGGAAAUUCGAGUACAGUGCCUGACGAGGACCAAGUCCUUGGCGCGCCGUUGGGAUCAAAGGGAGUACUUAUCGUUCUCGAUUUUGACAAGACGAAACCUCUUGGAAGUGUUCUGCCAACACCAUCGAAGACAGAAUAUGACCUCGAUCCGCUGUGUCCUGGGGAGAUGCUACCGGAGGGAUCGAUUGACUUUGACCGCGAGGUUGAAUUGGUACGGACCAGAACCAUUGCCCAACGUAGGGCUCAGGACCGCAACGGGUCGGUAUCGCGGAGAAACUCGAGAAUUGGAUCCACGCCUGUACAACGUGCAAAUACUUCUGCGGCGAAUCAGCACGCGCCGCGGCCGGUGAUAACAACGGACGAGUCUGAAGAAUUGACGCCAGAGGAGGCACAGGCCAUGUUUGAAAUCCCAUACGACAAUCAACAGCCAAGGUCGCACAUGUCACUGGCUAGAGCUGCUACUGUGGCAGCUGUAUCUCCUGCCAACCGACGUCAUCUACGGUCCUUGCCGUACAGGCCCCUGGAGUACCGUCGCGCAGAUGGACACCGAGAGCUACCUCACGAGAGCGACGCGGAUAAUUGGGUGCCACCACCUCCAGCUUACACUGCUACAGCGGCGGCAGCAGAAAGUGUUAGCUUGAGCCACCCCGACGCGCCUCCAGUGCCACGAGCGCCUAGUGUGCAGUCAUCGUCUUCCAUGGCUCCUGUCUCUGCAUUACCAAAUACGUCUGUACGCAUUUCACAGGUGCCCAUGCAUCCGUACCAGCAACGCCAGCAAUCCAUCUCGAGUAACACAUCCUUUGUUCCAGAUCAGGAAAGAGGCCGUAGACCGACUCUCAUUCAUCCGUCUACGUAUCCCGCUCCACAUCCCUCGGACCCAAUGCAAAGUCGACGAAGUUCAUCGGUACGCCCAUCAGCAAGUCAAAUGUCAUACUCUGCACACCCGGUGCCUUCAACAUUCACAUACAGGUCUCCUCCUCUCCACCAAGCUCCCGCAAGAAAUCCGGCCUCAGAGCAUGCCAACCACGACCUCUACUCGUCUCCUUCGCUAUCAUCAUCCGGUCCAGCAAACACAGGCUCCCGUCGCGUCUCCGCACCACAGAUACAACGCCGGCCCGUUCCACAAAACGCUUCUGUUCCUGCUCCCUACCCCAACUUUUCGCCAUCAACAAGAGCCACCGUGGACCCAAGAAUGGCCGCUCUGCCACCGCUAAUCCCACCGACAAGUACUCAGCAGCGGUUCGCGUCCGCCCACCAAUUGCCCACCAGCGCGCCCCCGCUUGCCAACCAUGCAGCCAGUUUUUCACACGGAGCCGCAGCAGCGCAGACUCGGGGACAGUCGCUUGGUGCACGGGGUGGCGGUGGCUCGAGAAUGGGCACUCGUCAAAAUGCAGAUUCAGAAGGAAGAGAUGACGGAAAGAAGGCCAAGAGGAAGACGCAUUGUGUCAUUAUGUGA